AUGGAUCCGACUAAGCCUGGAAAGACAGAUGAGCCAGAGACGGACUUUGAACGUCUUGUUCAGAUGAUGGAAAACCUAUCAAAGCAAGUGCUAGAUUCGGACACUAGAUCCAGACUCGUGGAGUGUCGCCUUGCAGACUUAGAAGAAGCUAACCAACAUGGUGAAGCAAGUGUGAAUGGAGAAGAGAGGAAUCAUGAUCGACAACAUCAUGAUAGAAGGAAUGAUUGA